AUGGAAAGCCCAUUAGCAUUGGACCCAAAGGAGAUGCAAGAGAAGGUGAGAAGCUGGAUUGAGAAAGCUAGCAGUGAAGGAGAAUUGACUCAUGUUUCAGAAGAAGAGAGCUGCGUGGGGAAGGAAGAAAAGCAACCAGCUAGUGAUGGAGAGAGAGUGCAAGCACGUGAAGCACGAGUGCGACCCCGAUGGCUCAAAGAAAUGAAGAACGAAGAACUCGCCGCCAUGAUUCACGCUUUGGAGCUCAGUUUCCAAAAGCAUUCGGAGGAACAAUUUGCCCGAUUUAAUGCUAAGUUGGAUGAACAAGUCACACGACUGGAUGACCGAGUAAACCAGCUACAAACACCAUUGGGGACAUCGCAUGGAGGUAAAACAAGUAUAAUGCAUCAUCUGCAUCCUCCAACUGGGCAGAAUUCUGAAGGAGUCUCGGAGAACAGGGAAAUGAACCACAUCUUGAAGAAUAUGAAAGUUAAAGUUCCUCGGUUCGACGGGAACAAUGUGGAAGAUUGGGUGUACAAGAUCAACAAGUUUUUUGACUUACACGGGAUUCCGCCAGGCACUCGGUUAUUAUUGAUUGCAUUUCAUCUUGAAGGACCUCCCUCUACCUGGUUUCAAUGGAUGGAAAAAGGGGGUGGGUUUGCGGACUGGGAUUCGUUUCUGCGAGCCUUACGGUUACGUUUCGGAGUGUCCGUUUAUGAUGAUCCGCUGGGGAGGAUCGCGAAGUUAACUCAGACUGGGCGUGUUUCGGAAUUCAGGGCCGAAUUUGAAGAUUUAAUGACUCAGAUUUCAGGUGUAUCGGAGCACUUCUUCUUGAAUUUUUUUGUAUGGGGAUUGAAGAAUGAGAUCAGAAGGGAGCUGUUGCUGGCCAAACCAGUAGACUUAGCCGAUGCUAUGGCCAAAGCUCAACUGUUCGAGGAUAGGCACGAUGACUUACUGGGGAGGGUGAGAAGUGAGGGGACUCGCGCAGGGUGGUCUCCGCGGUUCACAAAUUCGUCAAGCCCCGUCCAUGGCACGGCUGGAUCGACUGUUAGUGCACCCAACACCAAUGUAACAGUAGCUGCCAAAUUUCACAAACCCAGCCCCUCGGCUUUGCCAGUGAAACGUUUGUCUCCCACUGAGAUCAAGGAAAAAAGAGAUAAGGGACUGUGUUUCACCUGUGAUGAGAAAUACAGUUUUGGACAUAAAUGUAAAAAUCGUGUUCUAAUCCUUUGUACCCAGGGAGAUGAGGAAGAAGAAGAAGCGAUGGCACAAACUGAACAAGGAGACACUUAUGAUGUAGAGGAGGGGCUAACUGACGAAGUGAGUUUGAAUUCAUUAUCGAAUUCCACCAAUCCGAGGAUAUUCCGCAUUAUUGCCCAACAUGGAACCGAGCCUUUGGAGGUUUUGAUAGACACGGGCAGCAACAAUAAUUUUAUUCAAGAGGCAUUAGCAGCUCGUUUGGGAUUGGCUUGUGAGGAUACCAAAAGGUUCAAAGUGUAUAUGGGAAAUGGCAACUCUCUUUGGUGUUCCCAACUGUGUAAAGAAGUGGAGUUAAUCUUACAAGGGCAUAAGUUUUCAGUCGACUUAUAUGUCUUGCCGAUAUGGGGUCUGGAUGUAGUUUUGGGGAUGCAAUGGCUUCAAACUUUGGGACCUUGCAUACAUGAUCAUCGAGCAUUAACAAUGGAAUUUAAAUGGCAGGGUAAUGUGGUCAAACUAGCGGGCUCGUCAACUACAGAGAAUCAUCAAUUAUCUUCGGCACAAUUACGAACUAUGUGUAGAGAGGGGGACAUAAAGGAUGUUUUUAUGUUGGCCACAGUUUCACAGACAGAGGCAGCAGCUUAUGCAGAGGUUGCAGACUUAGAAACAAAUUUACCAUUGGAAGGACAAGGUGUUCUUUUUGAGUUUCAAGAUGUCUUUGCCGAGCCUACACAAUUACCACCACACCGGCUGACCGAUCACCGCAUUUUCCUACAACCGGGGUCGAAACCAGUCAACGUAAGACCAUAUCGUUAUCCUUACUUUCAAAAGGAUAUUAUUGAGCAAUUGGUGCGGGAGAUGGAGCAUUAUGGGUUCGUUCAACCAAGUAAUAGUCCCUAUUCAUCACCGGUCUUAUUAGUGAGGAAAAAGGAUGGGUCGUGGCGUUUUUGUAUUGAUUAUCGAGCAUUGAACGACAUUACCAUUAAAGACCGAUUUCCGAUACCGACCAUAGAUGAGUUAUUGGAUGAGUUGGGAGGGGCGACAGUAUUUUCUAAGCUGGAUCUUCGGGCCGGGUAUCACCAAAUUCGAAUGGAUUCACGCGACAUUCACAAGACAGCAUUUCGCACUCACGAAGGCCACUACGAAUUUCGAGUAAUGCCAUUUGGUCUCACUAAUGCCCCUUCGACAUUUCAGGCCACUAUGAACCAGAUAUUCAAGCCAUUACUCCGCAACUGUGUUAUUGUUUUCUUUGACGAUAUUUUAGUUUACAGCAAGACCGGAGAGGACCAUCGCUGCCAUUUGCGGUUUUGUGUUACAAAAGCAGCGGGAUCACCAAUUUUAUGCUAA